AUGACGGACGUAGCAGCAACUCCUAAUGACUAUAUUUUAAACUUAUCACCAGAACAAAUUGAACACGAUCAAAAGAUCGGUAUUAAAGCCAUUCGAUUAUUUUUGCAAAGUAAAACUUCAUAUGAUGUAUUACCAGUCAGUUACAGAUUAAUAGUAUUAGAUACAUCUUUAUUGGUUAAAAAAUCUUUAACUAUCUUAUUACAGAACAAUAUUGUUAGUGCUCCUUUAUGGAAUAAUCAAACUUCUAAAUUUGCUGGGUUAUUAACUUCAAGUGAUUUCAUUAAUGUCAUACAAUAUUAUUUCCAAUUUCCGGAGAAAUUUGAAUUAGUUGAUCAAUUAACUUUAGACGGAUUAAGAGAUGUUGAAAAAGCAAUCGGUGUAGAUCAAAUUGAAACUGUUUCUAUUCAUCCAUUUAAAUCAUUAUAUGAAGCAUGUGUCAAGAUGUUGGAAUCUAAAGCAAGAAGAAUUCCUUUGAUUGAUGAAGAUGAAAAAACCAAGAGAGAAAUUGUUGUGAGUGUAUUAACUCAAUAUAGAAUUUUGAAAUUUGUUGCUUUGAAUUGUAAAGAAACCAAAAUGUUGUUAAAACCAAUCAAGAAUUUAACAGGAUUGGGUGAUAGGAAAGAAAUAUCUACUUGUACUAUGAAUACCCCGGUUAUUGAAGUUAUUCAUUUAUUAACAGAAAAGUCCGUUUCUUCUAUUCCAGUCGUAGAUGACCAAGGAAAAUUAAUUAAUGUUUAUGAAGCCUUUGAUGUGUUGUCGUUGGUUAAAGGUGGUAUGUAUACCGAUUUGGAUUUAUCAAUCGGUGACGCAUUAUUAAGAAGACUGGAAGAAUUUGAAGGGGUUCACACUUGUACUUUGAAUGAUAGAUUGAGUACGAUAAUGGAUACAAUAAGAAAAAGUAGAUUGCAUCGAUUAUUUAUUGUUGACGAUGAAGGUAAAUUGAUUAGUGUUAUUACAUUAAGUGAUAUAUUGAAUUACAUUUUAUUUGGAGAGGAUUAA